GACCUGUAGCGGCAACUGUGACAGACCAUAAGCAACUUCACUCCUCAGCUCCAGCUUCACACCACUUUCUGACCUCUCCAACAACAACUGGAUCUACAACUGCUCCACCAGCAUCCAGCAGCAUUUCGAAGAAACACAUCAAUAAGAUGGGAAAACAAAAUAUCUGCUUUUUAACUGCUUGGAUAAUUUUGGGAAAAAUCUUUGCAACUUUUUCUUCAGACCUUGAAUCCAACACCACCGCUUUUGCAAACACCACAGUCACCAUUGAUCAACUGCUGAAUACCACUGAAUGGCUCACCGACUUCACCGACAUCGUGUCCAAGUUCUCCCUGCGCACCGCAGACACCCCGGAUGAUGACAUGUGUUACAUAGUACCUGGGAGGCCGGAAACCAUCAAGGAGUGCAACUUUAAUCCAGAAACACAGACCUUCAUUGUGAUACACGGCUGGACGGUAACAGGGAUGUUUGAGAGCUGGGUGCCCAAGCUGGUGUCUGCUCUGUAUGACCGUGUACCCACUGCUAAUGUGAUUGUGGUGGACUGGCUGUCCCGAGCCAACCAGCACUACCCGACCUCUGCCGCCUACACCAAACUAGUGGGUCGUGACGUCGCCAAGUUUGUUACCUGGAUACAAAACGAGCUGCAGUUGCCCUGGGACAGAGUUCAUCUGCUGGGUUAUAGUCUGGGAGCGCAUGUUGCUGGAAUUGCCGGAGACCUUACCAACCACAAAAUCAGCCGGAUCACAGGUCUGGAUCCCGCCGGCCCCACGUUCGAGCACGCGGAUGAACAGAGCACACUGUCCCGAGGCGAUGCCCAGUUUGUGGAUGUCCUGCACACCAACACCAGGGGCUCCCCGGACCGCAGCAUUGGCAUCCAGAGACCAGUGGGUCACAUAGAUAUUUACCCCAACGGAGGCACCUUCCAGCCAGGCUGCGACAUCCAGAACACUUUGAUGGGAAUUGCAUUAGAAGGAAUCAAAGGCCUCCAAAAUAUGGACCAGCUUGUCAAAUGCUCCCACGAGCGCUCCAUCCACCUGUUCAUCGACUCUCUGCUGAACAUCGAGCAGCAGAGCGUGGCCUUCCGAUGCAACUCCAAAGACACCUUCAACAAGGGAAUGUGCCUCAGCUGCAGGAAGAACCGCUGCAACAAGAUCGGCUACAACGUGAAAAAAGUCCGCACGGCCCGCAGCACAACGAUGUACCUCAAGACUCGUGGAACGAUGCCUUUCAAAGUUUUCCACUACCAGGUGAAGGCACAUUUCUUCAGCCAGAACAAGCAGAGCUUCACGGAGCAGCCAAUGAAGAUUUCCCUGUAUGGAACAAAUGGAGAGAAGGAAGAUAUUCCUUUUGUUCUACCAGCCCUGAACAGCAACACCACUCAAUCCUUCCUCAUCACCACCGACACGGAUAUCGGAGACCUGAUGAUCGUGAAGCUGCGCUGGGAGCGGGAUGCGUACAUCAGCUGGUCAAACUGGUGGGGCAGCACCAAGUUCAACAUCCGAAAACUUCGCAUCAAGUGUGGAGAGACUCAGUCCAAGGUGAUCUUUAAUGCAAAGGACGGAGAGUUUGUUGACCUCACCCGGGGAGGAGAGAACGCCGUCUUUGUCAAGUCAAAGGAAGACAAACAGAGCCGUAAAGAAAAACUGGCGCACAAGCUUAAAACGAAGGGCAGCCUUUUUGGGCAGCAGGAAGCUUGAAGUUGCACUCAAACACCCACCGCGCGUAUCAUCUGUCCCUUCACACGUAGCCAAAGAUGGGCAGCACACAGCAACGCUGGGAAAGCCUUCGCAAAUAACUGGACACAUAUGAGAUUUGCUGUGUUUUUUUUCUUCUUCUCCUGCUCUUGUAUUUACUGAACUUCCCGUGCAACCAACUUAACCUCAUCCACAGUGCUAGAAAUCACGCUGCUGUAGCAUGUUUCUUCUUGAUGAUGUGCUGACAUUUUUAAGUAGCUGAACUGCUUUGUAAUCAUCAUUUUUGCUUUUUGUAUCCUAUAUGUACUGUUUAUACCGACUUUGAUAUACUUUGACAGAAGCGAUGUGUUUUCUGAGCCUUUGUGAACUUGGAUUAUUAUUGAUGUUUAAAUAAUCCAGAGUGAUAGGCAUAAUUUUGGCACAUCUUUGUUGGUUUUUUGUUUUUUAAAUGUCCAAAGUGAUUAUUUUGUGCCCAACAUUUGUCUUUACUUAACCACUAAUUGCCAACAAUCAACAGGGACCAAAGAAGCAUUUACAAUCUACUGAAUGGAGAAUCACAGUGGUCUUUGUAAAUACCUUAAUCAGUAUCUUUUCAAAUAUGAGCUACAUGGUAAUAUCUGAUCUUUUGAAGUCUUGCUUGAUCUUUGAUUUUAUUGGUUAUUGUGUCACUGGUCACUUUAAAAGGCUCUCCGCCCCUCGAAGCAGUUCAGAUGUUAAGGUCAUUGAGGUUGCACUCCAAUAAGGAUAUGCAUUUUUGUUAGUUUUGGUAAACUGAUCAAAUUUUAAAGGAUAAGUGCGCCUCUCGGUCAACAGCAUCUCACCUGAAACAGUUUACCUCAUUUCACUCAAUUAUAGCCAUAUACUAAAAGGUCAAACAUUACAAAAAAAUCACCCAAGCCUUUAUGAUUUGUGAUGGACUGACAUAAACGACAGCCAUAAUACAUCUCAAGAUUACUUCACCUUGUAUUUAUUGAUUGUACAUUUAUAUAUUUGUAUAUAAAGCUGUAAUAUAUUUUGGCAGGC